ACAAAGGGAAACAAACAUAUACAUACAACCUCUUUUUUUUUUUCAAAAAAAAAUUAACAACAACAAAAAAAAGAAAUCCAUUGAUUGAUUCAUCAUUUCCUUGACAGAUACAAUCAAUGGCGGCGGCGGCUGCGUAUCGCGUGGAGGAGGAGCAGGUCUGGAAAUGCCCCAAGCACCCAACCAAGCGGCGGCGCCACGGCGUCUGCCCCACCUGCCUCCGCGACCGCCUCAUCACCCUCUGCCCCAAUUGCGGCAACGUCCGCCCCUGCCCCUGCUCCGCCGCCCCCUCCUCCUCCUUCUCCGCCUCCUCCUCCUCCUCCUCCUCCUCCUCCUUCGCCGCCGAGCCCUCCUUCACCCGCUCCCGCUCCCUCGCCAUCCCCUUCUUCCUCCGCUCCAACCCUAGCCGCCUCCAUUCCGCCUCCUUCCUCUCCGUUUUCAGGCGAAAGGGGAAGAAGCCCGGCGACGCCAAAAGCAGCGCCGGAGACGCCGAUUCGGAGAGCCACGAUAAAAUUGAGGAUUUCGCGAGGAUGAUUUCGCGGUCGAGGUCGGUCGGGGUGGGCUCGUCGGCGGCAAUUGGCGACGGCAGCCCCUCGUCGGGAAAGGGGAAAUUCUGGAAUGUGAAGGCGUUUCGGAGCUCUUCGAAGAAUCACAAGGCCGCUGAUAUUUCCGCGUUAAACAAAGGGUGAUUAUUAUCUUUUUUUUAUUAUUUUUAUUUUUCCUAACUUCAUUUUUUAUUUGUGUGGCAUACGAAUUUACUAUGCUGAAUUUUUUGUUUUUGUUUUUGUUUUGUUUUAUUUUAUGUGAAUGUAAAUAUGAGUCGAUGUAAAUUUGUUUGCUGGCACUAUUUAAUUAGUUAAGGUGUAUUUUACUUCUA